AACUUCCACGUCCUCCCGCUUGAUCGUUAACACAAAUAAAUGGCACAGUUUAUGAUCCUAAAUCUUUGAAAAUGGAUGAUGAUGAACGAAAAAAGAAAUUGCAGGCUGGUAGGGAAAGGUUGGCUAAAUUCCAAAAGAAGAAAGUCAGUCCAGAAAAACGACGAAAGAAGAAACCCAAGCCAGCGGAGGCCGGUGUGCCAUCCCUAGACGGAGCUACGAGGGGGACAGGUAAUGGAGGCGUACUACCAACUGCUCACCUUAGCGAUGACUCACUCGAUGCGGGCGACUCGAGCGUAACGUCCAGUGAUGUGUUCGGUACCCACUCUGAUCUGGUGUCACCCAUCUCCUUUGAGAGUGACCAGAGAUCCAUAGGAACAGAUGACUUAUGUGAGGAUUCCGAUGGUGGACAGCUUGAUGCUGAGGUUGUCCGUAUCGAGCUGAGAGAGGCUCGAGGGAAAAUCCACCAACUAGAAGAAAGUCUGUUCGGCAAGCAGGCUGCCCUCGAGGAGGUCAACAGGGAGAACGAGGAGCUACGAGCUAAAACUCUGACAACCACAAACGGACCGAGCAACGGGACGGUUACAAACGAGGGUGCAGGAUCUGUAGACAAAGAAGCAGAGUACCGGGCAGCGUUUGAGCAGUAUAACCUCAAGAUUCAAGAGUUUCAGCAGGCCUUGCAGCAACGUGACGACGUCAUCCGCCACCUGUCCACUAGCUUACAGGGCGCCCUCACUAGUCGGGACGAUAUCCAGCAAGAGGCAGCGGCACAGACGGAGCAACUUGCGCUUCAGAUUCAGACCCUACAAUCACAGCUUCAGCAGGCUGGGGAUUCACUUAAGGAACAAAACGGUGGUCACAGCAGUUUGGCUGAGGAGCUCUCCCACGCCCAGGAUCAGGUGAUGGCUCUUAGACAGACUGUCGACGACAAAGAAUCAGCUAUGCAAACCCUUGCCCAACGCUAUGCCCAGAAGUCUAAGGAGCUUGUGGAGUCCAUCGAAGAAAAGGAAGAGCUCCGACGACACUCGGCGGAGGAGAUCAUGUCCUUGUCGCAACAGCUGAAGGAACAGGGCGGGGAUUUGAGUCCAGAAUCUCGUGAGAGGUCCCUCGCCACGCUCCAAGCAGAGCUGGAUGAGAGUUACGGCAACCAGAUCGUCAUGAUCAAAGAGCAGCUGCAGGAACGCCAUCAGCAGGACAAAGACCUUCUGGUCCAGAAAUGCAGCGAGUUAGAGAGACACAUGGACUCCACAACCGAGAACAACAAACGUUGUGAAGAACUGGAGCAACAGAUCUCAAAUCUCAAAGAUGAACUUGCCACAAGAGAUUCCGAGAACCGGAGAAACCUUGAAGAAAUUUCCAACGUAAAACAGAAGCUUGCUGAUACUGUCGAGGCGUAUGAAAAGCACACAGAUAAAUUGUACACAACUCAGAUGGCUCUUGAGGAGGAGCAGGGUAAGGCAGACGCCCUUAGAGCCCAACUUGAAGAGUCAACUCAAGAUCUCUUGGGCUUCCAAGACUCUCAGAAGGAUGAGGUCAACACAUUGAAGAGAUCACUACAGCAGCAUAUUGCAGAAGCCGACAGGCUGGCUACCGUUAAUAUAGACUAUGAGGACCAGAUUGCGAAGUUGAAGGCAGACCAUGAAGAGGUUGUUGCAGAGCUCAACACUAAACUAGAGACAUCCCUCGAUGAGAAGGUUGGUUCUGAGGAUGCUCACAAGAAGGAGCUGGAAUCCUUGAAAGCAGAGUUGGAGACACUCAAAGGGAACACAGAUGCACCUGUUGAUGUUGACGAGCUGAGAAGAACCAUCGAAGAGGAACUGAAGGAGGACUACGACGAGAAGAUGGACGAUAUGAAAUAUUCUCAUGAGAUAGACUUGAAGAGGCUUCAAUCAGAGCUGAGGGUGGAGUAUCAGGAUGAUCUGAAGGAAAUUCAGAACCAGUUGGAAGAACAGUAUGUUCAGAAGGUGGAGAGCAUCCGGUCAGAAAAAGAUAGAGAGUUUGUCGCUGAGCUGCAGCAUGCUCGUCAGGAGCUCCAGGAGAAACUCGAGGUUGAGGUCGCAGAGAAAAUAGAGGCUGAGCGGAAGAGACUAAAGCAGCUGGAGCUACAUCAAACAAGUCUGGAUGACACUAUUGACCAGGUGGAUCUGAUCAAUAGACUUCAGAAUGAAAACCAAGACCUUUCGGAGGCAAGGGAUGCUCUUCUACAACAAAUUGAUGCAAGCCAUCAUGUUCAGGAGGAACUCCAAGAAGAGCUGCUAAAUGUCAUCAACGAGAAAGAUCGCUUAAAUGCUGAAAAUGAUAGACUUCUCCUUGACCUAGAUGCCCUCGAAACAGGACAGGCGGCAGAGAACCAAGGCCUGGGGUCACUCCAAGAACGUCUUGAGGAGUUGCCACUUGAUUCUCACGGCCGGGUUGAGAGGUCCGAGGAUGAGAAAUCACAAAUUGAAGACGAGCUCGACCGGCUACGAGUAGAGUUGGAGUCCAGCAAGAAGGACAAGGCUGCCUACAACGAACAGAUGGAAAGACUCAAUCAGGACCAUCAGGCAAAGGUGGAGCAGCUUGGCGAAGAGACGUCGAAAGUUGUCAACAUGCUGGAGGCAACGAAGGGUGAGCUGGAGAGUCACAAGUCAUCUGCUGUCAGAGGGGAGGGUGAUAACUGGGUCGGGGAAAGAUCGAACCUCCUGCGGGAGAAAGAACACCUACAACAUUUACUGGAGAAAACCCAGAAGGAAUUUGAGGCUCAGAUAGCAGCUCUGGAAGAAGAGAAAAAUAAGCAUGCAGAAAAUGAGAGGUCAUUAGGAGAAGAAAAAGAAGCUCUCGUCACUAAAGUCAUUGAGCUAGAACAGGGUCGUAAUGAGAUCAAAGAAGAACUUGCGCAGGCCUUGUCUCAAUUGAAUGAAAACGAAAAUGUCAAUCAUGAUUUGGACACGGCUAUGGCCAAUUUGAAAAUGAACCACUCAAACGAGUCACGCAUGGCACAAGAGCAGCACAAUGAGGAUAUGGAACAAAUCAAACAGCUGCAAGAAAUAGUGAGCGAGAUGAAAAACAUCAACUCAAAACUCAAGCUUGACUCAUCUAUACAUGAAGAAGCCAAGCAGCAAAUUGAAGCCUUAUCCGAUGAGUUGUCAAUGCUCAAGUCCGAGAACAAUGAGCUGAAAUCUGACAUGGCUGUACAGAUCUCAAAGAAUGCUGAAUUCGGUCAUGACCUUGCAGUGUUGGGCAGUGUGAAAGAAAAUCAUGAGCGGAUGACACGUGACUUGACUGCCGUUCAAUCUGAAAAUGAAAUAUUAAAAAAAGACAUGGAACAGCAGCGGAGCAACUUUGAGCGGCAGGUGGCUGUGCUGAAGAACAUUCAUCACGAUGAGGUAAAUUCUGCCACAGGCAAUAAUGGCAGGAAAUCACCGGAAAUGACAGCUGCCGAGAAACAAAAUGCCAUCCUGCGUGAUUCCCUAGAACAAACGGCUGAAGACAGGGCAACUGUCGCGUCUGAACUGGUACAAUUGAGACACGAGCAUGAUCUCCUCCGGACCAGCAUUGACAUGAAAGAGGCGGAGAUUACAGCCCUAAAAGAGCAACUACAAAUUGCUGAUGACGAGCGUAAACAUGCCGUGGGUGAGUGGCGCGAGUCAGAGCAAGAGUUAGGGGACGUCAGAGCACAGGUGGAGCAUGAGCGCAAACAACGUUGGCAGGUGGAAGAGAGGUUACCCCAGCUACAGGCGAGACUUGAGUCCCUCCAACAUCUAGAGACUGAGUUGACCCUCGAGAACGAGCACCUUAAAGAAGAACUCAGCGCACUUAACCGAGAGAGAGAUACAGAAUUGGCAAAAAUCGAAUUGAGUGAGAAGAAUCUUGAAAAAGAAGUAGAGAAAUUGAAGAAAGAAUUGAAUGAAACAACUGAAAUCUUCACCAAGGAGAAUGCACUGCUCAAGGAUGCGUUGCAGCAUGAGAAAGAUGCUGCUGCCCAGUUGCUAAAAGAAAAGGAAGACAUUUCCCAUGAAGAAGUUUCAUCCCUGAGGGAUGAAGUGAAUGAAUUGAGACAGAAAAUCCUACGCAAGGAACAGACCGAGCACGAGAUCUUGACAGAGAAAACUCGCCAGAUCGGUGUACUUCAGGAGAGCAACGCCAGACUAGAAAACGAAAGGGAAAACCUGAAAAUUAAAUUAACUGACCUUGAGAAGCAAAUUAAGACAACUGAAUCCGUCUCUGAGGAAGUACAGGACGUCUUCGGCCAGCAGCUGACGGAAUUACAAACGCAGCAGAAAUCCUUGAAGAAUGAUCUAGAACAGCAGAAAAGUGAACGACUCAACCUCUCAGAUAUCCUCAAUGAUUCAGCUUCAAGAGAGGAGAACUUAAAGCGUGAGAAAGAAUUGCUCCUUAACAAGCUCUCCGAGAAAGAAGAAAUCCAGGAACGUCUUAUGCAAGAGAGGCUUGAGCUGCAGCGAAGAAUACAGGAGCAGCAGAAACUUGAAGCCCUGCUUGAUGAGAAGGAUCACUUAGAGCAGGAGCUGUCUCGCCAGAAACGAUCUCUAGAGUGUGACCUCCGUGACAUCGAGCAGCAACUGCAGCAGCGAGAGCAGCAACUCCUGACAGAGAAGUCGGAUCUCGAGGCGGAGCUCCGUCACAAGGAUGUUGAAGUCCGUCGCUGGGAGGUUGGCUACCGCGAGCAGCAGCUAGAAUACCGCCACCGCGAGACUUUUUUGAAGAAGCGUUACGACGAGGGCAUGACGACUUACAAGGAUGGGGCAGAGAAGGAUAAGCUGGCGCGGCUCCAGCGACUCCGGAUGGAGAAGGAUCGCCUUCAUGCCGAUGCCGUGGCAAAGCUGCGACGUGACCUGAGGGCAGAGUUUGACGAUCUCAGUUCCCGUUCUAAGGAGCAACAUCUUUCGGAUGUUUCACUGCUGAAGACGAGACACCAAUCUCAGAUGGAGGAGCUACGGAAGUACUUUGAAGAAAAACUCCAGGGCCUCCAAGAUGAACUGGAGAACGAGCGCAAACAUCAACUCGGCACCGUCAAGGACGUCCACGAGCGGGAGCGCCAGCGAGAGCUGAGCGAGAUGAAAGAUCGUCACGAGUGGGAGAUGGAGGCCCUGAGAGGCGAGUUGGACUCCAAGCAUUAUCAGAUCUUCAAUGAGAUGAGAGAGCAGCUGGAGAAAGCCUACAAGGAGGAGGUGGGGCAAGUCAGGAGGGAGGCAAAGAACGAGCGAGAAAUUGAGUUGGCAAGCCUCCGUCUCUCCAUGGAGCAAAUCCACACCAGCCAGCUGGAGGUAGAAAGGGCGCGGCUGGAACAUGAGCGAGCUGAAGCCCUGACUGAGCUGAGACACACCCUCAUGAUGUCACAUCGGGAGGAUAUGGAAGGGGUGGAGUCAAGGUGGGCAGAGCGACUAACGGCCAUGGAAAAACGAUUGGAGGAGAGCAGCCAGCGGAAGGAUGAGGAGAGCACAAACUCCAAGGAACUCAUUGUUCAGCUGAAGCGUCGUCUCAGCCUAGAGCAUCAAGAGGUCAUUGAGAGCCUUGCAGAUGAGUGGGACCAGAAGGUCUUGGAGCAACUGAGGACCCUCCGAACCGAGAUGGAGGAGAAGUACAAGACUGAGCUGGAGGCAGAACGGGAGCUCCUUGGCCGAGGCCCGGAGGGGAAGGAAGAGCUUGAGAGAGAGCAUCGAGCAGACGUUGACCUCCUGCUGAAGGAGAGGGAGACUCUGGUCAAACAGGCUGAAGAAAUGAGACAAAAUCUGGAUAGGGUCCACCAGCAGGAGCUUGGUAGCAUCCAGGCCAAGGUUCAAGCGGAGUACGCCCAACUUGCCAAGAUGAGAGAAGACCUAGAGCAGGAGAAAGGCCAACGAGAAUCCAACACCUCCCUUAAGAGCGAACUCUUCCUCUUAAAAGCUUCCCACGCUGAGCUGAAGAAGCAACACGAGAAGCUUCUGGCAAGGAAAGAAGGUGCAGACGAUGAGGACUUGACUUUGAAUGAGAGAGUAAGAAGGGACCAGGCUCUUGGGGAAGAGGCUGUCCAGACCUAUAAUCGAGAGAUUGGAAAGCUCCAAGAUGAGCUGACAAGUGUCAGGGCAAAACUCCAGGAUGAACACGCUGAGGAACUGGAUAGGCUACGAAAGUACUUUGAGAAUAGGGUGGUGGAGAAUGAGAACAGGUGGGCUCAGGAGAUGGGAGAACUUAAGACGCAACACGAGGCAGAGAGAGAACAUGCUCUGAGGGGAGCUUCAGAGGACGAAGAGGGAGGUAGGCCGAUACAAAGGAGCUAUGCCCAGACCAUGAUGAUGAUGACACAUCUGUCAGAUGUUGAGAGCUCUCCGCCCCAGUCUCCGGAGCGAUUCGCGGAGAUCGAGGCGGAGGUCAAACAGCAGCUGCGGAGCGAGCUGAGGGGCAUCAUGGAAGAGGAUUACCAGACCAGAAUGGAGAAUCUCAAGGAGGAACUUGCUCAUGAGCACAACAUGGAAUUGGAGCGCAGGAAUCUUCAGUUUGAGCUGAAGCUGGACGCAGAUCUGGAAGCAGCCAAAAUCACCUUGAAUUCAAGACAUAGCAUGGAGAUGGAAACGUUCAAACAAAAUCAAUUAGAGGAGUUGGAAGCCCUACGCCAACAGCUUUCAGAAGAGAACACUAAGGCAAUCACGAAGCUCAGGCUCGAGUGUGCUGUUGAAACAGCACGCCAAGUCGAAGAGGAAACACAAAGAAUCAAAGAGGAGCUCAAGUUCACCUAUGGAGAGGAACUUUCCCAGAUGAAGGAUGACUUGGAGCAUAAACAUGCUCUCGAAAUGGAUAAUGUUCAAGGUGAGCUGGAGUUGCAGAAAGAAAUUGAAGGCAAACGUGUGAGAGCUCUCUCAAAGGAUGAAUUUGAUUCGCAGUUUAGAGCUAUGCAAGCAGAUCUUGAGCAGCAAGCCCAGGAUAAGAUCACAGAUGAGGUUGCCCGCAUCCUCGCAGAGCUCACCAUGGAGAAGGCCCAAGAGAUGGAGGUCAUGGAGAUGGUUCUCACGCAGCAUAAAGAGAAGAUCCAGGAAUUGGAAACCAAGAAACAAGAUCUUCAGGACAAACUAGAUAACCAUUCUAAGGACGAGGAGAAUGUCGGGGAGAAAUAUAACAAUGAGUUUGCAAACCUAAAACAACAGCUCAGCGAUACAGAGUUGACUCUCCAAACUCUCAGAGAAGGAAUAAAAAACGGCACAGCCCCAGAGGUGGAAGAGCUCAAGGAGAAUCUUGUUCGACAAUAUGACAAUCAGUUGGAGAUGAUAAAGGCCACCAUGACAGAGGAGAUAGAAUCCCUGACCAGAAACACCCAACUCCAAUCUGCCAAAGAAUUAGAGGAGAUGCAGUUAAACUUUAUGCAGGAGCACCAGGCGAUGUUGGACAAGUUUGUGGAGAGCCAAGAUGGUGAUAUUUUGGAUCUCAAACAGCAUCAUGAUAGAGAUCUUGAGGACCAGCAUGAACGCUUGCAAAACGAAUAUGAACAGGAGUUAAACGAUGCUCAGGAAGCCCUCCAGGAGGAGCAAGCCAAGGAAAUGGAAGAGCUCCGGAAGGUGCUGGAGGAGGAACAUGAGAAAGAGUUGAAUGAUUUAAAAGCGCUGCACUUUGAUGAAAUAGAAUUGCUGAAGGUUGAACUUGUCAGGACCUUAAAUGAGGAGAAGGUGAAGAUGCAAGAGCAGAUGGAGAAAGAAAGAGCUCAAAUUUUGAGUGCUGAGGAGCUCUUAGAGUCUCUAAAAGCAAAGUAUGAGGAGGAGAAAGCGAGAGAGAAGGAAGACCUUGUGACUGAUCACAUGACCAGGUUCAGACAGGUCACAGAUGAGCUAGAGGUAGAGCAUCGCCAGGAGCUUGAGUCCAUGAAAGACAUGCUGCGCAACUCCAUCGAGAAAGACUUCCGGGAGAGAACACAGAGCCUAGAAGAAGAGAUCCGAGGACAGCAAGCAGAGCUCAGGACAGCGCAGGAGAAGAACGUGACAGAACUGAUAGAGCUGAAGCAGAACCAUGAAGAGCAACUGGCAAAGAUCCGAGCAAACCACGAGGAUCAACUGGAAGCCAUUGCCACAGACUCUGAGCGAGAGAUUGAGUCGGCCAAGUCGGAGCUUGAAGAAGCUCAUCGGGAUGAGAUCCUCCGUCUGCAGAGUCAACUCGGAGAUGGGAAGCAGGACGCCCUAAUUGCUCUGAAAGAAAGUCAUGAGAGGGAGAUUGAAAGACUGAAAUCUGAGCAAGACCAGCGUGUCACAGAGGCCGUCGAGGAGCUGAUGAGGAAACAUCAGGAGGAGAUUGAGAAGGCCUUGGAGGAACUCCAGGAACAGUUGAUGAAACAGGCUGAGCAGGAAAAAGGUGAGCUGGAUCAGAUGAUGAAAGAGAAAGAAGAACAACAGAGGGAGGAAGUGGAGAAACUUGAAGAGAAAUCCAAUCAGUUACAGCAGGAGAACAUGGCGUUGGUGCAGCAGAUCUCCACGUAUGACACAGUGAUAAGUCGACGAGAACGCGAGAACGAAGAAGGCGGUAAUUUAGUCAGCAUGAUGAGGGCAGACAUGGAUCGCUUAAACACGGACAGGGAAACACUACAAGAGGCAAAUCAGCACCUGCUUCAUGUCCUGACCAAUGCAGUCCGUGCUACCAUGGCAACGGAGGAAGCCAUCAACAGGCAGAUGGCCAAGCUGGCUGCCACGGAUACGAGGCCGGCCGGUGAGGGACGAUCUGACAGUAGGGACACAGAGGGACGGACAGAGGCUGAAGGAGAGGCUGCAGAGGGGGUUGAUGGUCAGCCGCAAGGUGCUAGUGGGGUGUCUCUGGCAGUGGCUGAUCCACCGCGUGAUGAUUCCGGUGACGCUCUUCAUGAUACGAGCGUCGUGUCGUUCUUAAGUGACGAAGGGUUGGAGCUCUCCCAGCAGCUGAUGGAGAGUAUGUUCACGGGGCAAGAUCUUGACACGGAAGGAGUGGAACUUGUCACAGGAGCAACCACCCGCCUCCAGAACUCAGUAGAUCGUCUGUUAGAGAUGGUUUCAGCCACUGCUGAACAGAUCCAGCGAGCUCGCAGCUCCCAGGCCGAGCUGUUGAACGCCACAGAGUCAAGCGUUGAGGAAGCCAGUCAUCUACGGGCCGACCGAGACAGCUUGAUGGUCCAGCUGAAGGGGACGACAGAGGCAAGAGAGAGUCUGGCUGUGGAGAUACACAGGACGGAAGGUUUGCUUGAGGGACUCGCCUCCGAGAAGCAAGAACUGGAGGAACUAAACAGCAAACUGGAAGCCGACAAACACAACAUGGCCGCAGAGUUGGAGAUGUUGAAAGAGAGGGUGAGUUCUCUCGAUCAAGCUCAGUCGUCGCUGCAACAGGAGAGGGAACGAGUGGAGGAGCAGAAGGCGGCGUUCGCUCAGCGGCUGGGAGAGGAAGAUUUAGACACACAAGGUAUCCUCCAGGAGAACCUCCGUCUCCGUGAGGAGGCCGAGGCCAUCCUCGUAGAGCGCCAAGAUGCUGAGAGGCAAACAGCCAAGGAUAAGAUGGACCUUAAGGACCAGCUUCAGCAACUAGAGACGGCUAUUGAGGAGCAGAUCGCUAGAGGCGAUGCACUCGCCGAGAAAGGCAAGGAGGAGACGGAGGAAUUGAAACGGCAACUGGAGGUCUUGGAGAAACAGCUGAAGAAAAAUAAGCAGUUCUUAGAGCAACAAACCAUAGAGCGGGAGCAGGAGCGAGAGGAAUUCCAGAGGGAGAUUGUGCGAUUGGAGGAAGACCAGAGGUCAAGGGACAGGACUCCAUCAAAUGUAGAUGAGCUGUUUAGAAAAGAGGCACAAGAACUCCGUGAAGAACUGCGGGAGAAGUCCGAAGAGAUCACCCAGGCUCAGACGAGAAUCCAGCAGCUGGAGCGAGACGUCCACUUUGCUGAAGACACGACCCAAGAAUUGACCAGUCAGCUGAAAGAAGCAGAGCGGCAGCUGGAUGAGGUCGUCCAAUCAAAGCAGCAGCUUGAGGCGCAGACGGAAGAACUGGAGCGUGAUCUAGGUGAACAGCGCCACCUAGAGGUGGAUAUCAUGCACGAAAAAGAGACGCUACAGAAACAGCUAUAUGAUCAGCUCAUACAGAUCUCUGCCUUGCAGUCUAAGCUUGAUGCGCUCAAGCACGGUGUGGAGACGGCAGACGGCACAGGAAGCUCCGACUCCGGAGAGGUCGUGACCUCCGAGGUCUCCCUCCUCAAACAAUUGGAGGACGACAAGGAAGCUCUGGAGAGAAAAGACAAAGAGAUUGAGAAUCUGGUGGAGCAAUUGGAGCAGUUCCGUGAGGAGAUCAUCAACAAGGAUGAGGAGAUCUGUCAGAUGAAUAUGCAGAUUGAAGUCGCUAAUAGAGAGCAGGAUUCAGGACGGGAAGACUUACAGGGACAGCUGGAUCAGGCUCUGGAAGAGGUCCACCAGCUAGAGGACAAGGUGACGUCAUCUGGUCACGACAUUACCGCCUCCAUGCCACGCUUUGCCCAGGAGCUUCUCGAUGAGAAGAACCAAGAGAUCGAUCACCUCAACGAGCAGCUGACCCAGGUCAUGCAGGACCUGGAGGAGGCCAAGCAAGAACAGGAAGAGGAACAGCGCCCUCAAGAGGCUGCUGUGGGCCAGGCUGAGGAUGACAAGCUGAAACAGGAGGAGUUGGAGAACCUGCAGACAGAGUUCAAGACUAAACUACAAACCAAAGAUGAAGAGAUUCAGAGUCUCAAACAGUCACUAGGGAAGGAGCAGAAGAGAGACGUCCCAACGAGUCCAUCUGCUGAGGAGAAACUUAAGACCCUGCAGAAGAGCAACAUUCAACUCAAGACCCAGUAUGACCAAGACAUUUCCUCCCUGAAGCAAAUGCUGCUGGUUAGAGAGAGGGAGGUCGCUCAUCUUGAAGGGCUGCUGGUCCGCCUGCAGGAGGAAAACCCCAGUGGGAGUAACAUCAAGACCUAUAAGAGCCAAAUCAAGGCACUUAAACAAGAGAUCCAGGAUAAAGACGUUGGGAUGACCAAGCUGCGUCUACAGCUUGAAGACCUCGAAGAGAGACUCUUCCAGCAGCAGCAGCAGCAGCAGCAACAGCAGGAUCUAGUCGAAGAGCCCCCUCAUCUGCAGCAGCCCAUCCAAGACGAGACCAACUGGCAGCGACUGCAGCGGGAGCAUGAGCUCCGGAUUGCCGAGCUGCAGCAGAAACACACCAAGGUGCUAGCGACACUUCAGACACGCCACCAGGAGGAGCUGGGACAUCUGAGGGAGUCGCAGGCGUCGGACGUGGAGAGGCUGCGAGAACUAGAGAUGGAUUAUGACAGGAGGAUGGCGAGCCUGCAGGGGUUGUCGCCAGGGAAGACGUUGGAACAGAAGCUGCGAGAGAUAAGGGCGGAACUCACUCGUCAGCACCAAGAACACGUCCGUGACAUUCAGCGCACCAUGGAACGCGAGACCAAGGUCCUGAUGGAACAACUUCGCAAUGAGUAUGCCAACCACACGCGCGCGAGAGAAGAGCGCCACCGCCACGAAAUGGAGGAGGCUGUGUUGAGGGUGAAUCGCGAUCUGAUGUCCGCUCACGCCGAGGAGGUUGGGAAGAUCCAAGAGGAGCACAGCCGACAGCUGGAGAGGGUUCUAGCUGCGACGCCAGCCAGUGCUAGCCCCAUGGGUAGCUUCAUUGCAGACACAGCCAACAGAUUGUCGAGGGAGCUCCAAGCUACAGAGAGACUGGACUCCAGACUGGUCAGUCAGCUGAAGACAAGGCAGGCUGGUGUCGGGAAAGAACGGGGGCCGACAGAGGGCGCUGUGCAUAAUGGCGGGCUCAUGAACGGCGGAGACAUCCCAGAUAGGUUACAGGCGGUGCUAAACAGACUUCAUAACGAAGGUCUCCAGGUACUCACCCUCUCUGAUCUGAGAUAUCUCCGCCAGCAGACCUCACCUCGGCCGGACGUACAAGACAGGACGGACGUCCGGACCCUACAGGAUGCCUGGGAGGCUGAGAAGCACGCAUUGCUGGACGCCAUUCAGGCGUUGAAAGAUUUAAUCUCAGAGGCUAACAAGGGACAGUGGAAGGAGAAGUCUGAUGAAUCAGACUGGCGAGGCAAACUCCUUAGUGCCAUCCAGUCCGUGUUUGACCGAGAGCGUGACGCGCUCCUCGCUGAGCUACGCACCCACGUCAUGUCCAGCGGCGAUCGGGACUUGUCUCAAGUUCAGCAGCUUGAGAAGAGGAUACGAGAGCAGGAGCUUCAUCACAACUCAUCCAUGGAGCAGGUCUACACCGCGGACCGUGCAUCCCUCCUGGCCGAGGUUGAACAUGUGAGGGCGCACUCUGACAUGACUGCCCUGGAGCUUCAGGAGCAACGGCAGAAGCUGACGUCGCAGCUGAAUAGCGUCGAGGAACAUGGCACCAACCGGGAACGGCAACUCAAGAGACAACUUGAGAUGAUGGAGCACAAAUACCGCCAGGAGCGAGUCUUGGUUGAGGACCUUCAGACCUCGCUGGCCAUUGAGAAGGAGAAGGUGUCCCAGCUUGCCGACGCCCUGAACAGGGAGAAGAAUCUCGUCAUGGAGUUACAGAACGACAUCUCAGAGCUUCAGAUCAGGCUGGAUCGCUUGACGAGUAGCAAGGAGAGACUGGAGGCCAAGCUUGCCGAAGUCACUGGCAUCGCCGAAGGAGUUUUAGCGCAACUCGAGUCUGAGAAAUCACACACGAGGAGUCUGCAGGAGACUCUGGAAUCGGAACAGCAGAGUGUACAGAAACUGCAUGAGACUUUGGAUACAGAGACACAACGGACUGCCCAGGUCAGACUAAGAGAACAAACAAGUGUAAAGGAUCUGAGACACGCCUUAGAAGAUGAGAGGAAUAAGAUGGUGGAGACCUACAAGGAUCUGGAGAAGGAGAAGAUCCGAGCUGAGGCCCUUAAAAGGGAGCUAGAUGCGGAGAAAGCUAAGUCCUCGAGUGUGGUCAACACGGAGAGAUCCAAGACCUCCGACCUCAAGACUGCCCUGGAUAUUGAAAAGACGAGGUGCCAAGAACUGCACUCUGCGUUGCAUAGAGAGCAAGCUCUAAACACCCAGCUUCAUGAGUCACUCGACCAGGAACGCAGCGCCUACGCUGAAAACUCCCACUACGAGAAAUCCAACAUCGGGGAGCUUCAGGCCCUGCUAGACUCUGAGAAAUCCCGGAAUCUGGACCUACGGAGCAAGGUGAACCAGCUGGAGAACACCAUCGCUGGGUUUGAGUCGGUCUCAGACGGUCAGAGGAGGCGGAGCUUGGAGGCGUUGGAGGAGGAGCGAGCAGUCUGUCGGCAGCUUAGGGCGACAAUCGAUAGCUUACAGGUCCAACAGGAUGAUGUGAAUCGCAAACUCUCCUCGGAGCAGGAGAGAGUGACGCUGGUCCAGCAGGAAUCUGAACGUCUGAAGGCCAGCCUCCUUAGCCAGAAGGAGGAGGGGCGGGAGAGAGACAUCAUCAGGGAGAAAGAACGACAGAUUGAGAGGCAGCGACAUCGAGAGAGGGAGAGAGAACGGGAACUGGAGAGACAGAGACAGAGUGAUUUCAAGUUAGAGCGUGAGUUGGACAGACAGAAGAUCCAGUCCUUGGAGGGAGAGUUGGACGAGACGAGACAGAGUCAUGAAAAGACGUCCAACGAACUGGAGAAACUACGAGAUGCUCAGCGACACUUCACUCCGAGGGUCACUGAGGAGGAACUACAACAAGCCUACGAUGAGGAGCUAUCCAGAGCCAGUCCACGUCACAGUCCACAUUCCACAGUCUACGCUUCUCGCCUGCAACUCUACAAGGCUCAGCUGGAAGCAGUCCGACAGCGCCUUCAGCUACUUGCAGUCAGACAACAAGAGGAGGUCGCUAGACUACACAGAGUUGGUCUUGAGAAGGAUCAGCAGGAGUUGACGUCUCUGCAACGAGGUCUCACGGAAACACUCUCUGAAUUGAAGCAGCUUCACUCAUCCCUGGCUUUGCACUCUGAGACUAUGCCAGUGACUCAGAGUCCAUCAGCAUCCCGACUCAACGAUCGCCUCUUGGUUCAGAACGCUGAGUUGAGUAACUUUGCCUCAAGGCUGAGUGAAGAGAAGACUGAGAUGAGAUCUGCGCUGGCCAACCUGGAGGAAGAAGUCUGGAGGUUCAGACAACGAGAGGCUCAGUUAGAUGAGGCAACUCGACGUUCCUUAGACAACACGGACAUCGCGCUAGCUGAGGAGCGAGCCAUGUGGAGCCGAGAGAGGCAUGCCACUCAAUCAGCACUGCAGAAGUCCGAGUCCCAGAUUGCCCACCUAAAAGCCCAGCUACAGCAUGAGGCAGCCAAGAGAGACGAAGGGAGCCCUCACCUUGGGGGAAGUGGAGAGUUUUCCGAACACCAACAUUUGAAGUUGCAGAAGAUGUACGGCAAGUACCUUCGAGCGGAGAGUUUCCGUAAAGCAUUGGUCUACCAGAAGCGCUACCUCCUACUCCUCUUGGGCGGUUUCCAGGAUUGUGAGCAGGCCACGUUGCAGCUGAUCGCUAGGAUGGGGGCAUAUCCAGCCCCGGAAGACCUAGAGCGAAGGUCGAGGCACAGCAAAGCAUUCACCAGGUUCAGGAGCGCUGCUAGAGCUGUCAUAGCUGUGUCUAGACUCAAGUUUUUGGUGAGAAAAUGGCGACGCGCCACACGGGUUGGUACCCCUGUCGCGACCGGUACCCUCCAGCCAGACCUCACAUCACCCUCCCCAAGAGGGCUCCCUUCUACUUCUAUUCCCUCCGUCAGGGUCACGACCCCAGUCCGAAGGGGUGCUUAUCUCGUCAACGGUGCUUCACCGCCUGUUCGUGAUGUCACCAGGACUACGACGUCGCGGACAAUCUUCCAAAGCAGUCACCAUCGGGCAAGGUCUUCCAGUCCUGUGUUAUUUCAUGGUGCGUCGUCAACAUCACCACGUCCUGACGGCAGACCCUCGGGGUAUCACUCCGCCUCUCAUCUUGACAGAACCCUGAGCAGAUCCCUGGACAGACCCCUAGACAGACCCCUAGACACAACCCUGAACGGAGACCCAGAGGCGUCGUUAACAAACUACAUCCAGAAGCUUGAGAGUCUUCAGCAGCGACUUGGAGCCCACAUCACAGGAGAUGCAAGAUACUCCAAAAGGUAGUGUCUGAAGAAGUCGACCCAUCUCGCUACCCACAUGUACGCUGCUCCCUCAACACCAGCCUCCUAAUGAACCUCUGUGAUGGUCCCUGGUCAACUCCUACAUACAACUCUCAGUUGUACAUCCAUCAGAAAGCUAUUGGCCUUAAUAAGAUGUGCUGUGAGUAGAAGUAGUAGACCAAUCUGCUACAAACAACUCUCACUUGACGCUGGUAGCAAGCUGAUCAGAAAGAGUAUAGCCUUAGUACGAUUUUUUGUGAGUAUUCUUUGUAGCUGGUUCUAAACAUCCACAAAGAUUAAUCGUAUAACUGUUCCAAAUUACAACUGCUUUUAUCUGUAAAGAAAAAAUGGCGGGGCCCAAUAUCAUAAAAGGGUGUAAGCACAAAAACUUGCUAAGCACGGAAGCAUCUUGCUUAGCAGAAAUAGGUAACCAUCCAAACUACUGUGCUUUACAUUGAUGUUACUGGUACCCCACUCGUUUUGUUUUGCCUAGCAUUUUGCCAAGAAGUGCCGAGUUUAGAAAUAGAGUGUCUAAGUACACUAGAGAAAAGAUAUUAUAGGACGUCCAAAUAGCAUAUAUCCAAAAUAGUUGGAGGACUGGGAAAAGGACAAUUUCUGGCCAUUCCUUUGCUACAUGCUGCAAUUUGAGCAUCUCAUUUCUUGAUGUCCGUGUUUUGCAUGGACCUCCAAAACCAGGAAAUAACCCUGAAAAUUAUCAUCUUCUUUUUUUCUGUAGUUGUUUUAAAACUUUAAUACACCGUUUUAUUUGUACACCUGUAGGUUUUUGUUCUGGUUUUUAAUACAGUUGAGAACUAUUUUUUAAACGGAUUUUGUGUGCUUGGUCAUAGAGCUCGGAAUAUUACCUCAAACCUACUUUGAAUGAACUGGUUCAACCUUUUAAGCAAUAAAAAAAGUAGCAGUUUUAUUUAGUGAUUUUUUGUGUGAACCAUAUCCAUAUUACUUUGGCGAACAUUUGUGGAAGUCGUCAAACUUAAACAAAGAAGUUUUGGCCGUAGAACCCCAAGCCAGAAGAAUAAGCUGAGUGCACUUACACGCUUCUUCGUCAAGUUUUUACAUUAACAACUUAUCCUAGUUAAGAAUGCUGUGCUUACAUUAGUAGAGUAUUAGAGGGUUGAAUGUAAGAAAAUCAUUUCCAGAUCUUUUUUGUAUAUGUCAGCAAAGAUUGUGCCAAACGAAAUAACUUUAUAAGCGUUUCCUAGAUGUUGUUGAAAAUUUAAAAUAUUAGGAGGGAGAGGGGUAGGCCCUCUGGAUUGUCCUGCUGUAGUCAAUAUCAAACCAUGGAAUCAAAGUUUGUUUACCAAGUGGGAACCAACAGUCUGCUAUAAUAUUUUUAGUGAAUGCAUUUGAAAAUGUUAUCCCUUUACAAGACCGUGUAUUUUCUUGGUACCAUACACUUUGUCGCUACACUCUAAGCUCAACUGUCCGCCAAUGGCUUGCCUUUGGGGGAUCUCUUUGAGGACACUGUCGCUACACUCUAAGCUCAACUGUCCGCCAAUGGCUUGCCUUUGGGGGAUCUCUUUGAGGGCACUGUCGCUACACUCUAAGCCCAACCGUCAGCCAAUGGCUUGCCUUUGGGGGAUCUCUUUGAGGGCACUGUUUGAGCUUGUCUAUUAUAAGUAGGGUUUGAAACUUUGCAUGGUGGAAAUAAAAUAUGGAAAGGUUUGCGGUAACACCAUGUAAUGACUAUCA